AUUGACCUUGCCACACACUUCAAUGUUUGCACUGAGCAAGUAUUAUGCAAGUUUUAAAAUAGUUACUCCGUCUACCCUCGAUAUUGCCCCUGAAAUGAUUAUGAGAUGCCACAAAUUACUCCUUUACUCUUUUAAGAGACCCAAGCCCAUUCAGUUCGGACGAACUUCACUGGUGAGUGGACACCGGACUAUCUCGCAAGCGCCAAUGGCAGGAUGUCAAUCCAUGAAGUCACCCUUUGACUACACUGCCGGUCGAUGGCUACACCUUGACAGCCCGCAGCAUGAAGCACGGUACCUACAGUUCAAUUUUGACCGCCUGUGUGAAAAAGUCCUCUCUCUGUGUCCUUCUGCCACUUCAAUACAGAGCUGUCAGAAACUGGAGGGUGGCUUCAGUAGAGCGUUCAUUAUUACAACUGAUAAUGGGAGAUGUGUUGUUGCAAAGAUUCCAACAUCUGUUGCUGGACCAGUUAGAUUUAUCACAAACUCUGAAGUUGCAACAAUUACUUAUUUGCAACAGAAUGCCGAAAUACCAAUUCCAACCAUCUUGGACUGGAGUGACGACCUGGCCAACCCCAUUGGCUCAGCAUACAUUAUAAUGGAACAUGCCGGCGGUGUUCCACUGCAUCAAAUGUGGCCGAAGAUGUCCUUUCCGCAGAAAAUGAAUUGCAUUAGAUCAAUUUCCACAAAUAUUAUGAAGAUGUCUGAACUUGACUUUCCAGGAUAUGGCAGUCUUUAUUUUGCCGAUGCAGUGUUUCUUGAUACUGGUUUGAAGCAAAAGCUAGAUGACUAUAAGUACUGCAUUGGGCCGAGUUGCAGAAACACAUACUGGGAUUUCAAUGUUGGAGAGCCCAGAUACUAUGCAUUUAAGGGACCAAAUAGGGGACCAUGGCGUGACCUUCUUUCAUACUCCUCUGCCCUAAUUGAUGUCGGCCUUGCGAGACUGCCCCCCGCCGAUGAUCCUGUUCCUCAUCAGCAACCGUCUUAUCAAGGCGCUGUGAGCGAGCAUCUGGAACUUUUGGGUCUGGGCCAGGCCCUGUUUCCCAAAUUGAUACAACACCCUCUGAUACAAUCUAAUGCGGCGCCAACCCUAUUCCAUCCUGACCUUCAUAAGAGAAAUAUUUUUGUCUCCGAGGAUGAUCCCACUGUUGUGACAGGUUUUAUUGAUUGGCAAUCCACAUGUAUUGAGCCAGCAUUCUACUAUGCAGAUGACGUACCUGAUUUCGCGAAGCCCCCUGUGGAUGAAACAUCAGAGGGCACUGAGGAGAGUCUCUGCAGUCAGGCUUUUGAAGCAGGCUUGGGGCUUCUGGCUCCGCGGCUAGCGGCGGUAAGAAAGAUUGACGAAAUCCUCCUCCGACCAUUCCGCUACUGUCAUCGGACCUGGAAAGAUGGUGUGGUGCCAUUUACUCAUGAAUUGAUGCAGCUGAGGGACCAUUGGCAAGACUUCGGCUUUAAAGAAGGUUGUCCUAUACCUGUCUUGGGCUCUGAGGAAAUGCGCAUUUACCAGGAACGACUAGAUAUCUAUGACAAGAUGUUGGCUGUCAGACAGGAUAUUGUUGAGACGUUGGGAGUUGAGCAGGAUGGCUGGAUCCCUGAAGAUCGCUGGGAGGAAGUGAAGGAAGCUCACCAACGUAUAUAUGAGGCUGUUUUGGCGGCCAUGGAGAGUGAGAAGGACCGCCAAGAUAUGAAGAUGAUGUGGCCGUUUGAUGGAGUUAAAGCAUGAGAUGUAGAAAGGGGGAUUAUUGUAUCAAUAUACCCCACGCACCCAAGACAUGUCCGCAUAACCACUCGUCUGUCGUCUCGGAGGCGUAAAUCUCUAGCUGGGUGACUAACUAGCGGGGCUCCCCACGGGAUUACUCACCUGUAACGACGGAUAUCACACCGCCAGCUAAAGAAUGCAUAGUUAGAAUAUCAAUGGAGCCUAGAGAACUAGUUUUGUACAAUAGAGAGAUAUAUAUAUAAUACAAGGAGUUGCGGUUCUCACAAAUCAUGUCCAUCCUCACUCUUACUCAAAUGCAUGCUAUAUCAAAACACAAACAAAAAGCAAGUCACGCUACAAUACGCUAUCAACAUAUACACUGAAUCUGCAUUAGUUUACAAUGUUUGGGUCAUUUUCCC